UUAUGUAAAGUUCAAGUUUUUUGUGUGUGAUGCAGUAUAGCUCAACUACAUUUUGUUACCUCUUUACUUUUAAAUUGCUGACUGGAUGUUGAACUAAUUCUCUGCCUUCUCCAUCACUUACGUGGUUUCCUAUUUGCUUGAGCUAUUGUACUCAUGUAUAUUUUAAAAAUACUAAGAAAUGUGGCUAUCAAUUAUCUUAUAUACAAAAGUUUUGGGACUUGAUCUAUUGUACUCAUGUAUAUGUCUAAAUAGGACCAAAUUUUGCAUGUUUUCUGCUUGUAUGUAUGUGGUUGAACUAUUUAGCUAUUGAGCGAAGUUUAAACUUUCUAUGUGUGAAGGUUCAAUCAAAUUCAUUUUCGUAGCUAUGAGGUUGAGCCAAUUUUCUCGGCUACUGAAACCGAUCAUUUGAUAGGGAACUCAAAAGAAAUAGCAUAUAUGAGCAUACGUGAAGUUCAAAAGUUCUGGUUCAGGGAAGUAGACAUCCUGCAAUUUUUGGGAAUUAGUAGUUCAGCUUUGCUAAGUGUAGCAAGUUCUCUGGUUGCAAAAAUUAAUUCACUUUGCAAAAACUCUGGAGGUCAACAAUUUCUUUUGUUUGUUGUAGAUGGAGAUGUGUGUAUGUAUACAUGUGUUCUGGAGAUAGGAGAACUUAUCUGGUGGUGUGUGCGUGCUGCUGCAUCCUCUUCCGGCUGCUCUAAUUCACACCUUCAGUACAACUUCUUUCAGCGAGGUGGAGAUUGGGGCACGGUGGAGUGUGACCGUGUGUGUGCAUACGGCCCACCGCAACGUCACCGGCCGGAUCCCGCUCUUCAGUGUACAGCAAGAAGUUCAUGUAUUGAUGCCCCUGGAGUCCAUGUAGCUCUGCUGCCGUGCUACCCUUAUCGGCCUCGGCUAUGUCGAAGGAGCUCCCUUCUGUUCAGUGGAUUCAACAAAAAAAAGUCCCUGCUGCCACUGCAUCCUGAGUUCAAGGGAUUCCUUAGGGGCCUUCUACACCAUCUUGCUAAUGAUGCCAUCGCUGGAUGCCACAGCCAUGCUCGUGUUCUUGUACUGCCAUUCACAUACUGCUCCCUGUUUUACUUCAUUGAGAUCCAUAGAAAUAAGUUAUAUUCAGUUCGCCACUUUUACAAUUGAUGGUCUUAUGUUGACCGAAACAAUAGUUCAAGCUCCUAAAAAAGCAAUUAUGUGUAUGCUACAUCACUUUGAGGAACUACAGCAAACAAAAUAAGGAGAGCUUGGUACUACAUGAUUUUUUUAUAGUACUACUUGAAGCCUUUCUGUUGUA